AUGGAUACUAUAGCUGCACCCCCUGUUGAGAUUUAUAAUGCUCUUAGUGAUAUGAGUGAAAGCCUGAUACUCUCUGGGAAGGAGACCUUAAAAGAAGGUGGAACAGUCAUCUUCACCAAGGAGGCUGAACCUCAGGAGCCUGCUACUGAGGGACUUAAGGAAAUCAAGGACCAGUAUGAUCCUGAGAAUGCCAUUGAGCACGCCCCUACAGAAGAGAAGGAACCUCAAGUUGAUUCUUCUUUGGGCGUGCAAGAGGAGCUUGUGAUUACCAGAGAGCACGCCCUUGCAGAGGUGAAAGAGCUUCAAGAGUUACCUUUCCUAGGCGUGCAAACAGAACCAGAAGAUGAGCAACUGGCUCAUUUCCUAGCAGCACUCAAGAAGCUACAAGUCAAUAUCUCUGUUGCAGAGGUAUUGGAAAAGAAGACCCCUUACACGACCUGUCUAAAAGGCAUUCUUUUUGAAAAAAAGGACUUAAGGGGAGAUGAGACUGUGGUACUGACCAAAGAGUACAGUGCUUUUGUCCAGAAUGAACUACCAAGGAAGACGCUAGACAUAGGGAGCUUUCAACUCCUAAGUCCUAUUGGAAAGAUCACUUUUGACAAGGCCCUAUAUGAUCUUGGCUUGAGUUUAAAUCUUAUACCUUCAUAUGUGAUGAAGAAGCUAGGAAUCCAAGAGGUACAAGAAACAAUGAUUACCCUGCAAAGGACUAACCAGUUCUUAAGGCAAUCACAUGGGCUAGCAGAGAACGUACUGGUAAAGGUUGGGGAGCUCUUCUUCCCUGCAGUCUCUGACAUGGAAGAGGAUGCAAUGGACUCCAUCAUUCCAGGAAAAUCAUUCCUGGCCACUAAAAAAGCCCUGAUAGAUGUUGAGCGAUGA